GGAACAAGGAAAUGACAUCUAGCCGAGACAGGACCUCCGUGUUCAUUCAUGGAGCUGCUAUAGGAGUACACCACUCCCACCGUGUCCCAGUCUUUUACAGCAGUUCGUGAAACUACUCUUGAACAAAAUGCGCCGCUUAGUCGCACCGACAGAGUGAAGCGAAACGCGGACAUGUCGGAAGAAGCACAAUCUCUGGAUGGAAAUGGCAAGGUUAGCCGAGUCAUCCGGAUUGGAACACGCAAAAGCCAGUUGGCUCGCAUCCAGACUGACAGUGUGGCUGACAAGUUGAAAAAGCUGUAUCCUGACAUUCAUCUGGAUAUAGUUGCCAUGUCAACAACAGGAGAUAUUGUCCUUGACAGGGCUUUAUCAAAGAUAGGAGAGAAGAGUCUUUUCACCAAAGAAUUGGAGAAUGCUCUGGACAAGAACGAGGUUGAUCUUGUCGUUCACUCGUUGAAAGACCUUCCCACCGUUCUGCCCCCAGGAUUCACCAUCGGAGCCGUCCUGAAGAGAGAGAACCCACAUGAUGCUGUUGUUUUACAUCCCAAAAAUGCAGGAAAAACUCUUGACACUCUUCCACAAAACAGUGUGGUUGGCACCAGUUCACUGCGCCGCGCUGCUCAGCUGAAGAAACGAUUCCCCCACCUGGAGUUCAAAGACAUUCGUGGGAACCUGAACACCCGCCUGAAGAAGUUGGAUGAGAAAGAUGACUUCGCUGCCAUUAUUCUCGCUGCUGCUGGCCUCUGGAGAAUGGGCUGGGAGAACCGGAUCAGUCAGAUCCUGGAGCCUGAGGACUGCAUGUAUGCUGUUGGACAGGGUGCUCUGGCAGUGGAGGUUCGGGCCAGAGACGCAGACAUCCUCGAGAUGGUCUCUGUCCUCCAUGACCACGACACUGUGCUGCGCUGCAUAGCUGAGAGAGCCUUUCUCAGACACUUGGAGGGCGGGUGCAGCGUGCCAGUGGCUGUUCACACUGAAGUGAAGGAUGGCCAGCUCUACCUGACUGGAGCAGUGUACAGCUUAGAUGGAUCAGAUAGUCUGAAGGACACCAUGCAGACCAGCAUCAAUGCCGAUGACGAGAGUUUGGAGGAGGUGGACGAGCAAGUUCAACGAGUGGGAGUCACAGCCCACAAGAUCUCAGGUGAAGUCCAGAACCGAGCAGAGCGGCUGGGGGUGGACCUGGCCAACUUACUGCUGAGCAAAGGAGCCAAGGAGAUCCUGACGGUCGCUAGGCAGCUUAAUGACGCCAGAUAAACCUGCGGAUUUCACCAGGUUGUUGAGCCACAGCUUUCUGUCCAGUAAAAACUGGAAGUCCUCUGUUUUGUCUCCACUAGCAAUGCUGUGACUUUCUCAAUCAGCAGCAGGGAAAAUGCAAAGGGUUUAAAAGACUACUUGGAUCAUAGUUGUGCUAAAAAUAAAUUUUAAAUUGAAUGCCACCUGGUUCAGAGUCACUGCAGUGUGUAGCAUUCGUCCAUACAUAUGGUACCACAAGAAGCCUGAGCCUCGUAGAGACUGCCUUACUGAAUUUAUCAUCAGAAAACACAGUGGCCUUAAAGCGUUGUUCAGUCUGUGAGCAUGUUUUUACUGUAGCAAGUACAGUUUCGUUUCAUAGUACAAUAAGAAAUGUAAAUGUAACCUUAAUCCUUCAUUUGUCAGUUCUGAACCUUAUGUUUCUAAUAAAGAACCUCCGUAAUGAAGGUAUUAGUUAUAAAUGGAGUGUUUCCUUAUGCUGGCCUCAUAACACAGUAAUUGCUUUUCUUCAUGAUUUUAUGAUGAAUGUUAAAUUAUGAAGUGAACGCAACAUGCUUUUAGAGUGUG